AUGUUGUAUCAAGAUUAUGAUUAUGAUUCUGAUUCUCUGGCAGAGUCAGAGGGUGGAUGCCCUCCUGACCCCCUACCAUGUUUGGAGCUGUGUGACACGGACUCGUCCUGUCCCCAGGACCACAAGUGCUGUAGCACUGGCUGUGGCCACACUUGCCGUGGAGACAUUCUAGGAGGGCGCAAUGGCCAGUGUCCAAAAAUUUUGAUUGGACUGUGUAUCAUGGGCUGUGUGACUGAUGAUACCUGCCAAGUCGGAGAGAAGUGCUGCAAGUCAGGCUGUGGUCGCUUCUGUGUCCCUUCAGGUCUGCCCCUCAAACAGUCUGAACCCCAGUUGGGCCAUCAAGUUCAUGAAGCUGAGUCGGUGACCCUAGUGCAUUCAUUACCCUGAUUGGACCUGAGCUUCUUGGAAGACUCCAAGGAGCCCAUCCUGAUAGCCUGAUGGAUGCUGUCCUUAGACCUGUGAUAUGCACAGGGCCUCUCACUACCUUCUCUGCUUUUUUCUGCUUGGCUUCCGGACCUGCUGCUGCCCCAGUGCAGGAUACAUGAUCUUGGGGUUGGGUAGUGGUAUUAUGGGGUAUUAGUUUUACCCAAUAAAAUCUAGUGUGGCUACCACAAA